CAAUCAAGAUUGAAUAUACCCUCCCAAAUGAAAGAAAACAUAGAUUGAAUAAAGGACAUACUCUCUAUAUGUUAAGGAAGAACAAAAUGAAGCAAAAUAUGAGAGCAAUUGCUAGGAUUCAAUAAUAAACUACAAUAGGCUUGAAAAUCAAAUUAAUUACUCCGCCAAUGACGUCGUCUAAAACGAGAAGUCGUUGCCGUCUGAAAUCGGAGGACUGGCUGCCGUUUCCGAAGCUGGAAGCUCGCCGAAGAAGGAGCAACUGAGUUGCCGCUGGUGUGCUCCGUCGUCGCCUUCGCCUUCAUGUUUCCGUCGAGACGCGAUCGAAGAGCCAAUCCCGAUCUUCGUUCUUCGCCUCUCCCCUCAUUGGCCUGGUCAAACAGAUAUCUCAUCACAUUAAAAACCAUCUCUUGGAAAUUGUAGAUUGUUCAGUGUUGGGAAUUUGAUUAAAUAUUCAAAAGUAAGAAAAAAAAGGAAAAAAAGGAAAUCAAAUAUGUUGAUUUUUUGAGAUCUGCUUUCGGCUAGAUUGGUGACCAUUUAGCAUGCUUUUGUUGACUUUUCUUGGAUUGCAUGAUUCAUGUUUGGCUAUAAAACAUGGGGUAUUGUGCAAUGAAUGAGUGUGGGUUUUACACACCACCAAGAAUUUGGUCCGUGGGCCCCCAAUUUUGUCGAGUUUGAUUCCAUUAGAGUUACAAAACUUUAGAACAAACAUGUUGGGCGCUAUUAAAAUUCUCACCGAUACUCCGCCUUCAGCGUCAAAUUUGGUCUCUACAGUACUUGAGCAACACACUGAAGCACAGGAUCAAGCAUCAAAGGAGGAAUUAAGCGUUCACUCACAAGUUGGAGAUGAAGUGGACACCGGGCCGGAAGCAAUAAAUAAAGAUGACGGGAGGUCCAACGUUGUGGACAAAAAUGAAGGUCCUCUUGCAGAAGAUGUUGCUAAUGUCGACAAGCCAGAUCCUACAUUUCAGGAAUUUUCUACCUCAGCUGGUGUGGUCAUUGCAGAAUAUGAUAUUCCAAAAAGUGUUGACAAAGUGACAGAUGCAGAUGGUAAACAAGCACACUCACCUAUGUUGAUUGACACCAUCAAGUUGUUUGAGCUUGUCGAUGUGGUCAAGACGGAGCACCUGGUUUCACCAAGAGCAACUACAUAUGUUCUUUGCCCUGUCUCAUCUUUCCAUCACUUUGCUCCAAGAUCCAAGAUGGUUGAAGAUUCAAAGAGUGGAUUGCUCCUUUGGAUCAGCACUCUUUCUCCGGUCCUAAAGCACGAGUGGGAGCCUCCACCUUGAGGACAAGGUGGAUUUUAAGGGG